AAUGAAGGACAAAUUAUAAUUUUCUGUCACUAUUUUAGCUUUCUUGUAUCAUCAUUUCUCAGUGGAACCGAUCUUGAAAAAUCAUCAUAUUACUAAGUGCAUUGUGCAGUGCAUCUCUGAUCCAAAACAUCAAUCUAUUCAUCUUUGAUUUGAAGUGAGUGUUAAUGUUCUGCUCUGUACCUCCCCAAUAAACUUGCCUCAUUCCUGCAAACUUCACUUCACAACUAAAAGACAAAGCAUUCAAGACAUUCAUUGUGCCAAGCAGCUGAACCACAGAAAAGUAAUUGUGACUGCUUAACCCACGUGGUGCAUUUGAGACACCUGAUCCUUUGGACUUAGUCAGAAAUCCUCUCGCUAAUCCUUCGGCUGGGUCUGUUCAGCCUGUUGCUGCGAGGUGUUUGCAGCAGCGAGGACGGAGCAGAGGUUUAGCAGAGGCGAGCGCACACGAGGCAGACAGCCGCUCACCCGUUGGAGGUUUGCAACAAGCGGCUUCCCCGAUGAAGGCCCCUGGCUCGAGAGGACAGAUAGAUGGAUUGUGCGGUUGAUGUCUUUUCGACGCGAGUGUCAAAGGAAGGUGACUCUGGUUAUGGUUGGACUGGAUAACGCAGGGAAGACCGCCACAGUUCGAGGAAUUCAAGGAGAUAACCCACAGGAUGUGGCUCCCACUGUGGGGUUUUCCAAAGUCGAUCUGAAGCAGGGCAAGUUCGAGGUGACCAUCUUUGACCUGGGGGGUGGCAAGCGAAUCCGGGGCAUCUGGAAGAACUACUAUUCGGAGUCGCACGGUGUGGUGUUUGUGGUGGACUCCAGCGACGUGCAGAGGAUCCAGGAGACACGGGAGACCAUGGCUGAGGUCCUCCAGCACCCGCGCAUCGCAGGGAAGCCUGUGCUCGUGCUUGCCAACAAACAAGACCAAGAGGGAGCGCUGGCGGAGGCAGACAUCAUUGAGAACCUGUCGUUAGAGAAGCUCGUUAACGAGAACAAGUGUCUCUGUCAGAUCGAGCCAUGCUCCGCCGUGCUAGGCUACGGCAAGAAGGUCGACAAGUCCAUCAAGAAGGGCCUGAAGUGGCUCCUCAACAACAUUGCCAAAGACUACGAGGCCAUUACUGAGCGCGUGCAGAAGGACACGGCCGAGCAGCACGCCCAGGAGGACCAGGACAGGGAGGAGAGGAAGAAAAGAGUGCAGCAGAUACGAGACCAGAGAGAACGAGAGGAGCGGGAAGAGGCGGAGCGGGAGGGCAGGCAGAUGGUCGAAGAGGAGCUCGAGGAUGAAAACAUACCCAGCCCCUUCCAACCAAUCAGCAGCGUGAUCUCUGAGAAGGAUGAGAAGGAGCGGAGGAGGCAAACGGAGCUGCAGGAGGCCCGGACCAGCAGCCCGAAGACGGGCCCUGAUCAGGAGGAAGAGGAGGAGGAGGGAGAGGAGGAUGACGAGUCGGAAAACGUCAGAUCAGCCAGAACAGGCGAGCAAGACAAGAAGAAGACGAGGAAGCUGCACCUGAAGAGGAAGCACCGGGUGGACCCGCUGAGGACAGAGGACGGGCCGGCGGAGAGCCCCACACCCCCCCCGCCUCCCGUGGGAUGGGGCACACCCAAGGUUUCUAGGCUGCCAAAACUAGAACCCCUCGCGGACUCAAGACGUUCUGAUUUUUUCAAGCCUCUCCCGCCUCUUGCGAACAGGCAGCCUAACGGCGACGCUCCUGACGUCAUUUUUUAACCUCCAAUCAUGGCUCUCCUCUUUUGCUUUCUGUCUCAAGCGAGCGGCGUGUAGACAAGCGAGCGCGGGGAGACCGCGGCCUCCCGCCGGGGAAGACGGCGAGCGCCCAAGGACAGGAGCACCGUGGGAAAGGACGUCCCGCGCAGAAACCGCUUAACGGUAAACCGAGAAGCUGCCAAGAACUCGUUUGAAAUCGGGUUCUGCCUCUGCUCGACAAAAGGGCCGUCAUUUUUUUAUUUUAGAUAUCAGUGUUAGACGGUGUGGACUCCACUGGUCCGACUGAAACGCUUUUAAUUGACAAGGAUUGUAAACGUGUCCGCUGCAACCUUAUAUAUGUCUGUUACUGAAUAAUAGAUUUGUAUACACGCCGCCAUUAAAAAUGUAUUUUCUUCGUUUAUUUUUGCACCGUACACUGAGGUGUAUGAGGCAACUUGCAGGUCAUAAGUGGCUUUUCACAGCGGAGUGCUUUAAAUAUGAUCUUCUUAAAGUCAAACAUUUCCCCUUUUGAAUUUGCGGGAGUGUUUUGCUGUACUGUACAUGGAUAUGUGUUACAUUACAUCAUCGUUUUUAGUAACAAUGUCUUGACCUUUCACUUAAGUACUACAUCCAUGAAAAUAUUAGCUACAUCUAUAAAAGAUGACGUCUUCUGUCUCUUGGCGGCAGCAUCAUAAAGGAGCUUAUCUUUUUACGUAUUGUUAAAAAUGUAAACGUGAAAAUGUAUUUCUCUACAGGGCUACAGAUUUUAUACGCGUUCUGCUGUUUACACUGUGUGUGUGUGUGUUUUUAAAGUGAUAUUUCCCGGGAACCGGCCCCCAGUUUUACGUUGGGGGAAAAAAAGCUGAAAAUAGCAAGAAAAUUCAAUAUUAAAAAGCUCAAACAAACACAUCUGGAGAAAACAACAUCGCCCCAGUUUAGUUUAUGCGUGUUGGAGGAGUUUUUGGGAGGAGAGACAUCACAACACGCCACCUGGAGGAGCCCAUUAUCGGGUCACAACACACGUGUAGCAAAAGUAAUACUUGAGAUAUAUCACUUUAAAACUCCAAUAUUGUUCUUCAAAACUAUGGAACAGCUCUCUUGUUAAUGCGCUAGAUGUUUGAAAAAAUAUUUUUUCUACUCAGUUUGUAUUUUAAAACUGCACAAUUAAAAAUGUUUACAAGUAUAA